AUGGAGUUUAUAGAAUACGAUUCAUUUCAAGAUGAUGAAAUACCUCAACCUCAACCUUCAUUAUCAAUACCCAUACCUUCUGAUUUCGAGAAUUUCAAUAUCAAAUUACCAAAAUUGAAUAAUCUUAAAAGCUUUUUGAAAUUUGAAGAAGAAAAAAUUGAAAAUGAUGAAGUUAGUGAUAGAUAUGCUGAAAUAUCUAUGAAGUUAAUUGAUAAAGACAUAAUUAAAGGAGAAGAAGGGAGAGAUUCUUUGGAUGUAAAAGAUGAAGAAAGGGAUGACACUAGAUAUUUAAGUAAUAAAUUAUCCAAGGUGUUGAAUAGUUCAAUCGAUGAUUCACUUAUAAGAGAAUUAUUCUCAUUGGAUUUGAAUGAAAAUGAAUUGAUUGAUUCUAACUUGAUUGGUAGUUUGAGUAGAAAGAAUCUUAGAAGUAAGAUUGAAUCGAAAUUGAUCAAAAAUCAAUCAGUGAUGUUGAGAGAAUAUCAACCAUUGAUCAAGCAUUUUAAACUGAUUGAAUCAAAUUUGAAAGAUUUGAAUGAUAUAAAUAAGAUAAAUAACGAUAAGAUACAUGAUAUUUUGGAACAUUUGAAUAAAUUCAAUGAAGAUUUCAAAAAUUUAAAUGACGAAAAGGUGGAAAUCAAUUUAAAGAAAGAUUUAUUAGUCAAUUUUAAAAACAAAUUCUUAUUGAACGAAUUUGAAGAGUUCACUUUAAAUAAUAACGAGAUUAAUGAUGAUUUCUUCAAGAUUUUGGAUAAGUUGGACAUUUUGAAUGAAAAUUCUUCGAUUUUAUUAAUCGAUUCAGAUAUCGAUCUACAAAAUGGUAAUAUGAACAAUAACCUAGGUAUAAAGAUUAUUGAAAAAUUGAACCAUUUAUCCAAUAAGUCUAAUGAAAAAUUAUACAACUUUGCUAAAAGAACCUUGACCAAUCCAAAUUUGAAUUUCAACAGUGAAAAAUUACAGAAAUUCCAGAAGAUAUUGACUUCAUUAAACAAAAGAGAUAUCGACAUGUACGAUAAACUUAUAAAAGAUUUCAGUAACGAAAGAUCCAAAACUUUGAUAGAAGAAUUUAAUUUGUAUUGUAACAAUAUGGAUGAUUUAGUUAAUGAUUCUACUAGAUAUAUUGGUGAUUUAUUAGCAUAUCUUCAUACAAUGAUUUUGAAUGAAAUGGAAAUGAUAAAUUCCAUUUUCAGUAAUGACCCUGAACAAUGCAAUGUUUUAUUGAAUUUGAUUUUUGAAAAAAUAUCUAAAUCAUUGAAAUCCAACUUUGAAAAGAUUAUAUCUAUUGAAUUGAAUUUUAAGAAGAUUUAUUCGGUUUUCAAUUUGUUCGACUUGUACAAGUUAAUGUUUAAAAAGAAGUUCAAUGAUGAUAACCAUCUUAUCCAAACAAUUAAUGAAUUAAUCAGUUUCUGUCAAACCAAGUUGAUUGAUUUAAUCAGUAACAAAUUAAAAUCUAUAAAAUCCUCAAAUAUAGCUAAAUUAGAUUUGAACAUAGAUUUACAACCACCCGAAUGGAUUAUCGAAUUUUAUUCAACCAUAUUGCCUAUUAUAGAACAAUCUAAACUAAAUUUCAAUUCAAUUCUUAAUCUUGAAGGUGAAAAAUUAGAUGAUUUCUUCCAUAAAAUCAUAAAUGAACCCAUUGAAAUCUUAGAUUUACAUUUAAAAACUAAAGAUUUCAAUAAUCUCGAAAAGAUUAUUAUUAGAGUAAAUUUUGUGGACUUAAUGUUAUCAAAAAUUUUACCUAUCAACUUAUUAAAUGAUAAAAUUAUCGAAUUGAAUGAUUCUAUUGAAAAUUCCAAAAUUCAAUUGUCAGAAUUUCAAUAUGACCAACUUUUGAAAGAUUGUCACUUAUAUGAUUUCCAGACUAUAAUUAAUAUGAUUUCACCAUUCAAUGAUGAUGAAAAAGAGGAAGAUUUCUUGAUUGAAAUUUAUCAACCAAUAACAGAAAAUAAGUUAUUCAAUGCUGAAGAAAUCGAUAAGGUUAAUGAAUCUAUCCAAGAAUAUUUACCCAAUGCUUUAAUGGAUAUCCAAAAAAACUUAUCCAAAUUAAAUAACCCUAUAAUAUCUAACGAUAUAAUCGAAAAUGUAUCACUUAAAUUCAUUAAAUUCGCCUGGAAAUUCGAUAAGAUUACAAAAGAAUAUUUGCAAAAAUCUUUGAUAUGGGAUGAUAGAGAAAUGGCUACGUUAUUAGGGAUAGAAGGGAAAUAUCAAAGAGAUUAA